AUGCCCCAUCAAUACGGCAUACCGGGGUACGGGCAGGCCCCACCGAGCCCACCAACCCACCACGGCGGUGGAGGAGCGCUGCUGCCUCGUCUAGGUGCCGGCGGAGCCGUCAUUCCGGUGGCCGCUAAUAACAACGGUGCACCCGGUAUGGGCCCUACGACAUCACCCAUCUUCCGCAGUCAGAUCGAGGAACGGCGGUUGACGCGGGAGGCGAUGGAAAAGUAUCUCCGCGAUCGCAACAACAUGGUCAUUGUUAUACUGCAUGCGAAGGUCGCCCAAAAAUCCUACGGUAACGAAAAGCGCUUCUUCUGUCCGCCACCCUGCAUCUACCUGUUCGGUGAAGGCUGGCGGUUGCGCAAGGAGCAGAUGUUGCGCCGAGGCGAAAGUGAACAGUCCACCCAACUCUGUGCCUUCAUCGGAAUCGGCAGUCCCGAGCAGGAGAUGCAACCGCUCGAUCUGAACAACCAGAAGCAGUACUGCGCGGCCAAAACGCUGUUCAUCUCGGACUCGGACAAACGGAAGCACUUCAUGCUGUCGGUGAAGAUGUUCUACGGUAGCGGGCACGAUAUCGGCGUGUUCCAGUCAAAACGCAUCAAGGUGAUAUCGAAACCGUCGAAGAAGAAACAAUCGCUGAAAAAUGCCGACCUUUGCAUCGCAAGUGGCACCAAGGUGGCACUUUUUAACCGGUUGCGUUCGCAAACCGUCUCAACGCGAUACCUGCACGUGGAGGAUGGCCACUUCCACGCCAGCUCGACGCAAUGGGGUGCCUUCACGAUCCACCUGCUGGAUGACAACGAGAGCGAAUCGGAGGAGUUUCAGGUUCGCGAUGGGUACGUUCACUACGGUGCGACGGUAAAGCUCGUCUGUUCGGUAACAGGAAUGGCCCUGCCACGGUUGGUGAUACGUAAAGUGGACAAACAAAUGGCGCUGCUGGAAGCGGACGAUCCAGUGUCACAGCUGCACAAGUGCGCCUUCCACAUGAAGGAUACGGAACGGAUGUACCUCUGCCUGUCACAGGAAAAGAUCAUACAAUUCCAGGCGUCUCCAUGCCCGAAGGAACCGAACAAAGAGAUGAUCAACGAUGGCGCCUGCUGGACGAUCAUUUCCACCGAUAAGGCCGAGUAUCAGUUCUACGAGGGUAUGGGUCCAGUCCGAACGCCCGUGACGCCCGUUCCGAUCGUCAAUUCGCUGCACCUAAACGGUGGAGCUGACGUGGCGAUGUUGGAGAUCACCGGUGACAACUUUACGCCCUCGCUGCAAGCCUGGUUUGGGGAUGUUGAAGCGGAAACGAUGUACCGGUGCGCUGAAUCGUUGCUCUGCGUUGUGCCGGACAUUUCGCAGUUCCGCGGUGAAUGGUCAUGGGUUCGUCAGCCUACGCAAGUGCCUAUCUCGUUGGUGCGUAACGACGGAAUUAUCUACGCGACCGGUCUUACGUUCACGUACACGCCCGAGCCGGGACCUAGGCCACCAUGUCCAGGCGCGGAAGAUGUCCUCCGUCGGGGGUCAACCGGCACCCUGGCAGUGGCAAACGCGAACAGUAAUAACAGCAACAGCAGUAACAACAGCAGCGGAACUCCGGUGGUUAACCAGCCUGGUGGCCCGGCCGCUGGGACGUUACCAUCCAUUGCGGACGUAAGCUGGAGUUCCCACGGUGGCGGGUUACCGUAA